AUGGCCGAGUCACAGAAACCUGCGCAGACAGGCAUCAAGGUGAUCGUGGUGGGCACAGGUUUCGCAGGAUUAACAGCCGCGAUAGAAUGCCACCGCAAGGGACAUGAUGUAUUAGUGCUGGAGAAAUUCCCAGAGCUUAAGCUCCUAGGCGACAUUAUUUCGUUUGGGCCCAACUCAUCGCGAUUAUUCCGUCGAUGGCCAGGUGUCGCCGAGCAAUUGGAGCCCCUUAGUAUGAGAGCUGACGCGAUCACUCUGAAAUCCUGGAAAGGUGAAACACUAUUUACCCAAUACUGGGAAGGUGAAGACGCAGAGUUUGGCAUCCGUUAUGAUGGCCACCGCGGCGAGUUCCACGAGGUCGUUUACAACCAUGCCAAAGAAAUUGGCGUCAAGAUUCGGCUUAAUGCCCGUGUUGAGGACUAUUUCGAAGACGAUAAAGAAGCAGGUGUAGUCCUUGAAAAUGGCGAGCGAAUUACGGCUGAUGUUGUAAUCGCGGCCGAGGGUGUACGUAGCAAGGGCCGCAAGAUCGUUCUCGGAUUUGAGGAUCAGCCCAAGCCUUCCGGCUACGCUGUAUACCGCAGUUGGUUCAGCGCAGACGAGAUCGCAAAGGAUCCUGAUACCAAAUUCUUUACCGAAGGUGGUGACCGGCACGUUGCUUGGCUCGGCCCAGAUGUGCACUUCAUCGCAGCCUGUAUGAAGGGGGGGAAGGAUUUCUCGUGGGUAUGCACGCACAAGGACGAGGCAGAUAUCGAAGAGAGUUGGCAACUGGAGGCGCCACUGGAAGAUGCACGCAAAGUUCUCGAGGGCUGGGAUCCUGUCAUACAAAAGAUCUUAGACAAAACACCAUCGCCCCUAAUCGACUGGAAGCUUGUCUACCGUGACCCCCUACCAACGUGGAUCUCGAAAGGCAGACGUAUUGCGCUAAUUGGUGACUCGGCCCAUCCGUUUUUGCCAACGUCUAUUCAGGGGGCGUCGCAGGCGAUGGAGGACGGAGUCACGAUUGCCGUAUGCCUGCGCGAAUGCGGCAGCCCCGAAAAGGUUCAAGAAGCAGUCGCGGCAUUUGAAGCGAUCCGAUACGAGCGCGUUAAAUCUGCCCAGAAGACAGGAGAACAGACACGCGACAUCUGGCACCAAGGCGGACUUCGACGCCGCUAA